UUUCUGCUUGCAGAGCUUCAUGAAUAACUCUGCUGGCCUAAAAUGGUCCUGUAUUGAGCUCCACUCCACUUCUCUCUCUAUCUCUCUCCUAUUCUUUCUUUCUUGUUCUGAUUCGGCUUUUUCUUUUUUGUUUUUGUGUCCGUCCAAAACUCUUUUCGAAACGCAUUAUUCGAUUUCGUCUUCUAUUGCUCCUUCCAACAUUUUCUUCUCUCUCUCUCUCUACUCUCUCCUCACAAAAUUCAUCUUCUUUGGUUCUGAUCCCAUUUGCAUUUUCAGCUCUGACUCACAGCCCUCUAAAAGCAACCCAAAUGAAGGUUUGAUUUUCACUUUUACUUCUGAUUCACUAUAUUCCUUUCUUUUGCUCCGAUUCACUAAGUUUAUCUUGAAAUUGGAAUUGCAAGAUGACAGAGACAAGCGGAAGGCCAUGAAGAUAGUCUCUGCUCUUUCAGGAAUUGAUUCCAUCUCCGUGGAUACGAAGGAGAAGAAAUUGACUGUGGUUGGGACGGUUGAUCCUAUAAGUGUAGUGAGCAAGCUGAGAAAAUUCUGGUUGACAGAUAUAAUUACAGUAGGGCCAGCAAAAGAGCCCGAGAAGAAAGAGGAGGCGAAAAAGGAAGAAGAGAAGAAGGAGGAACCAAAGAAAGAGGAAGUAGCUAAAAAGGAAGAACCAAAGAAGGAAGACGAGAAGAAGAAGGAACUAGAACAGGCCGUGAUGGAGAUCAUGCCAUACACAUUCUAUCAUCCAAUGCACACAUACCAGUAUGUUCAUCACAGCGUGGAAGAGAAUCCAAACGCAUGUGUUAUCUCUUAAUUUGGUAAGGAAUUAAGUAGAGUCUUUUUUUGUUUUCUAUCUUUUUAAUUGGAGUUGGGAUUUGAAUCCUCGAAUAUGAGGCGACGCCCAAGAACAGAGAAGCUCUUGUGUAUAUAGAUGGUGGGGCUUUAUCGUUCUGUUCGGGUUUAAUGGUGUGUAGUGAUCAGCUAAAUAAAGUUUUGGCAUUGUGAAUGCUUGUGUUAGAAAUCAUGUUCCUAAUAUGAAAUUAUGAAUAUGUAUCUGUCUGCUCAGUCUCAUAUAAUGAUGCUGUAAAAGAAUGAAAAUAUUGAUCAGUCUAUGAUAUAUAACUGGAUUUGAAUACUCUGGAAGAAGAAAAA